AGAGGCGCGCGAGGACGAGUCUCUCGCGAGGACGGGUGGCAAAGACGAGACAACGACUACUCCAGAUGCGCGUUAGACGUCGUUUCGCUACCACACGCCUCGGCACGCGGAUCUCCUUGUGUGAAUGUCGACGAGUGAGACGCAUGGACGAGACGCGCGGCUGUUUAGCCUCCCGAAGAGCGAGUUUACUUCGAUCGCGGAAGUGAGCGAGCAAGAGCGAGACCGCGAGAGAGGGAGACCACGAGUGAAAUCGAUAAGAUGUUUCUCACGUACGCGAAUGUGCCGCCGACCUUCGUCUAGAACCGCGGAUGGUAUUACGUAAACGACGUGAGCGUCGGGAGUCGAAUUUGUCUGCGAAAAAUGGAAUCCGGACGACCGGGCUCCUCCCGCGUCGCUUAAUGAGAAGCGUCGUCGCGACGCGUCGCUUCGCCUUGCCUUGCCUCGCCUCGCCUCGCCUCGUCUCGCUUCGCCUCGCUUUCUCGCCCUAGAUUUUUUGUCUCGAUACGACCGCGAGAAGUGUGCUUUCCUUUUCGGACGAAACUCGACGUAAAAAGCUUCGCCGUUGCCUGACCGUAACGUAUCGCGUUUUGAAUCAAUGCUGUUGGUUUGAGCAGGAUCCCUUGUUUGCCCAUUUGUAGUGGCAUCAUGUUCGCGUCGACAAAGUCCAAAGAAGUCGCGGAUGAGUACAUCUCAUCUCUAUCUGAUUUAACAAUUAACAGUAAGCCGCUUAUCAACAUGCUCACCAUGCUGGCUGAAGAUAAUAUUGAACAUGCAUCAGCGAUUGUACAAGCCGUCGAGUCUCAUCUACUCAAGGUGAGAAGUGACAUCAAGUUACCAGUACUCUAUCUCAUCGACUCGAUUGUCAAGAAUGUGAAUGGUGACUAUCUGAACCUGUUUACGCAAAACAUAGUAAACACAUUUUGCGGAGUAUUUGAGAAGGUUGAUGAGAACACGAGAGCCAGCAUGUGGAAGUUGCGACAAACGUGGAACGAUGUAUUUCCACCAAAGAAAUUAUUUUCAUUAGAUGUACGGGUACAAAGUAUAGAUCCUGCAUGGCCAAUCACUGCCCCAUCCACUAGCAUCCCUUCAGGAUCUAUACAUGUAAACCCAAGAUUUCUUUCAAUGCCUCAACAAACCGCAACGUCGAUUGUUCCGCCCGUUAAAUUACCACCAGGAGAACCGGUAACGACUUCAGAAGCAGCCAUGAGAGAACAGCUGCUAAAGAAGCAACGAGAAUUGUUAGAAUUACAAAAGAAGAAAAUCGAGUUAGAAUUGCUGCAGGCUAAAGCGAGUUUAGAGCAACAGCAGAGGCAGCUUGACAAACAAGCUGGCAGCUUAAAGACAGAAGUGGUUGUGUCCACUGCACAUAUUGCGUCAACUACGGAGACUACAACGCAGGCGAAACCUGUAGCACCUGUAGUGCCAAAUCAAACUCCAAAACAAGUAGCAAAACAAUUUCCAGCAGCAGCAGCAUCACUUUUAAAGAACGCAGGAACAACCAGCGGUCCACGAAUCGCACCAGCUAGUAGUAUUGCAGUAGCGUCGGCUAAACCAGUCUCGCGAGAUCCACGUUUGAAACCCACUCCUGCGAGUCAGGAUGUGGCAGUACCAACGAUAGAUCCACGACAACGGCCGGGUACGAGUCCGAAAGAAGGUCCGCGGAAUGAAGGUCAAGCGCAGCAAGUGGCGAAUACAAUUGUAACUUCGAACCAAUUAAAACAGCAGAUACUUUCAAAAUCGGCUGUAACUAUCAAGCCUCCGGCAAAUCCUGCCGGAUCCGAUAAUCCGACGUUAUUAAACGUUAUUAAUAACAAUAAUGCUGAUAAUAAUAGCAAUAAUAAAAAUUUCAGUAGUAAUAUAAAUAAAGAUGCUGUCUCGCAUCGAACAAGUCAAAAAAAAGACCCUCGAUUAAAUAGUAAUAGUAGUGGCAACCUAAACGGUAACAACUCCAAAAACAGCCAGAGUUUAUCGGUUUGCAGUAAUAACUCGUCUUCAGUAUUAUCAGGGAAUAAUCGAGGAAGUGGAGGCAGCGAUAUCAACAAAUCGAAAGACUCGAAGAGCACAAACUCACGUGGCUCUUCCUCGUCUUUGAUCGACAAGUCUUCCACUUCCUCCAAGUCAUCGCAUAGGAAAUUAGGCAAUAAGUCGCGAUCGAAACAGCCUCAAACUCCGAAUAAGAUUCCGAAAGUUGACAGAGAUUCGAGUCCGAUUAGAUCAAAAUCUCGUGAGAAAGACAGCGGAGAUAGUUCAUCACCGUCCUCACGUACCUCUCCACAAUCCUCUUUCCAAGCCUCUAAAAGCCGCAAGAAGAACACGAAGUCGAGAAAGCGUAGUCCAAGUCCUCCGUAUAGAAUUCCAAGGCGUAACGACGCGAAAUCGAGUUCGAGCUUAAAUAAUUCCGGUGGUGUUACUGAGGAGGAGCAAUCUGGUUCACUGAUAGUAUCUCCUCCUCAUCCGCCCGCAUUCAAAGAGAUCAGGCCGAACGCUAGACAGAGAAAUUAUGUAAGACGAAAUAAAGACGACAGUCUUAGUCCGGAACGUUCUCCAGCCAACGCUGGAAAUAAUCAAAUCGCUGUCGAGCCGACAUUGGAAUCUUCCAGCAAAGACGAGGAUCUCAGAGCACCAUUGUCUCUACCUGGAACAGCUGUUUCCAUACCUGAAAAGAAAGAAGAUUUAGAUCUACGAGUAUUACCAUCUGUUAACACUAACAAAAGACGCAGUGAGGAAUGUGUAGAAACUCCACUGAAGAAAACUAAGGCUGAGAAAUUUGACGCAUUAUUCGGUAAUGAAGACGUAGAUUUACGCACAUUGACGCAUCCUAAUGCCGGUCGACCUCCGACACCUCCACCACCUGUGAUUUCUGGGGAGGAUGGAAAAGAUGGCUGGGCAAAAUUAAAGACGCCCACAAAGAAUGAUAGAGACAAGCAAGUUAAUAAUACCGAUGAUAAGCGUGAAAGGGAUCGUAAUAGGGAUAGAUUAGGACGUCUGAGGCUUUAUAAUAAGCUCCCGGAUGAUCCUAAGGAAAGAAGGAGAACCUUGUCAAAUGAGGAACAAGAUUCUAGACCAGGACGUAGAGGCCGGGAGAAUGAUAAACCUGAGAGAAAUGACGAUAGAAAUAUUGAGAUAAUUAUGAAGCAAGCCGCCGAACAAUUGAAUCAGGGGUCGAUCACGAAGACGCAGUACAACACCCUAAUACAAGAGGUACUGCAUAUGAGCGAGGAUCGAAAAUUGCGAGCCGCGCAGCGUAAGGAGAAGGAGGCUGGUACUGUGAUAUGGGAGAAGGGUAUCAACAUGGAUAUGUCCGGUCCCGGGGAUCGCAAUGCGACGAAUUUCAGCCCGUCCAACGACAAGGAGAUGAUGCGGAACAAAGAUCAUCCGAUACCGCGAAAUCCGAACGGUCCGAGAUGGCAGAAUCAGCCAUGGCAACAACCGUGGGCGCAUCCCCCGGGACCGCCUUUCGGCGGGCCGCAAGGACAUUUCAAUUCGGACAUGAGACCUGUCGGACCUUGGCAGAAUCCUCGACAUUUUGGGCCGAUGCGGCCAGAUUUCCAGUAUCAUAGCGGCUUCAAUCACAGUAUGGGACCCAAUCCGCGUUUAGGACCUGGUAUGAUGGGUCCGAUGGGUCCAAAUGGGCCGAUUAUGUCGAAUCUUUUGCCGAACGGCCCAAUGGGACCGAUGGGGCCUAUGCCCAACUCCGCUAUGGCAAUGGGAUGCCAUCCUGCGAUGAUGAUGAACAAUGGACCCAUGACCAAUCUUAUGCCAAAUAUGCCACCUCUAGCGUCCAAUAGAAAUGUAUCACCGAAUACAUCUGCGAAGUACGACCUCGAGGAUAAUGAUCAGGGAUACGGCAACUCCAUGUUAAAGAAUCCGGGCUCACAUAGUCGCGAAUUGCCACCGCCGGAUUCGAAACUGUUAGCCGAGAUCUCGAGAGACACCAUGAAAUCUAUAAAUAUUGAUAAUAUACCACGGGAGAUUCGCUAUUACGGGCAAAUCGGUGUAGUGUUUAUGAACUGGGACGAUCCACGGGAGAUUGGUUUCCAGGACGGUAUAAGAAGAAUACUAAUUGACGAUAAAGAUACUAUUACUUGCGCAUUUAACGAUCAGUAUAAGGAAUUUAUGUACGAGGGAGAAGUACAUAGAAUCAAAUUGGGUGCACCCACACGAGAAUUGUAUGUCGAUGAUCGGUGGUACGAAUGUUAUUUUGGUGGUAUGCCGAUAACAAUCGAACUCGGCGGAAAAAAAGUCAGCGUGAAAUUGGAGGGUCCUCCGCCACAAGUCAAGAUCGGUACUGUGAAGCGUACCGAUCUUGUGGUUGCGAAAAUUAAUCUCAUUAUCAAUGCGCGCAAUAUGGUGCCGGUGUUUUUGGACGCAAAACCACAGAUAUUCGAAAUCGAAGGAAAACCUCAUACGUUGGAAUUUACGGACGCGUUGCAGACAGUUCUUUUAAAUGGACGACCGUUUAAAGUCGAAUUCGGAGGCUUACCCAAACCUAUUAUUGUUAGAGACAAAAAGCAUUUUAUCAGGUUUUCAGUACUGCCUAGAGGAGUGCGUGCUGGUCAUGUUAAGAUUACUGGAAUGAGAGGCGAAGGCCCCAUCGAGUCACCACCGCCAGUGACGCCUCUAAUAACGCAGAAACCGAAGAUAGACACAACUCCUACCAAGCAAUCGCCAACUCGAUUGCCCCCUGUGGAACACGAAUCCACGUCGCAGGAUGGUCUAGAUUUUACUUCUACUUCAAAACCAGAUCUGCAAUUAGAUAUAUUAUCGUCAGUUUUGCCAUCGGCUAUGGCACCAUCAUCUGGUUUGUCAUAUCAAGCCGAACCUGUGGAAAAUCCGCCCGCACCAGCACCGACAUUGCCAUUGAACAUGAGUGAAUUAUUCCAGAGAUUGGUCGAGACUGGUAUCGUUCCCAAUCUCACAGAACAAAAGAAACAAGAGGAGGAAGAGAAGAAAGAGCCCGAGAUUACUCCAGUCUCCUUUGAUAAACCAGAAACUCUGAAAAUUAAACAGCCAGCGAUUGCAACAGCCUUGUAUAGUGGCAUGCAAUGUAGUUCUUGUGGCGCUAGAUUUGCGCCUGAAUUAGCCACUCGUUAUAGCCAUCAUUUAGAUUGGCACUUUAGACAGAACAGGCGUGAACGAGACUCUGCAAGAAAAGCGCAUUCCCGACCGUGGUAUUACGAUGUCAGCGAUUGGAUACAGUUUGAGGAGAUUGAAGACUUGGAGGAUAGAGCGCAAAGUUGGUUUGAGACUGAGAAACAGACGGCGGAAACGGAAGGUAUGGCCACCGAUGAUUCGCCUCAGGAAACAUUACAGCCUAGCGUACCAACUGGUAGCGACGAGGAUUCGCGAUGCCAAGUAUGUCAUGACGCAUUUGAACAGUUCUAUAAUGAGGAAAAAGAGGAGUGGCAUUUGCGACCGGCGGUUAAUUACGAGGGCAAAAAUUACCAUCCGCUCUGUCUAGAGGAUUACAAGGAAAAGAAUCUAGCGAGAGCAUUAGAAAAAUCAGCUUUGACGCUUGAAGAGGCAGCUUCGGAAAUUGAGGAAAAUAAGCAAGAAUGUUCCGAAGAGACGCCCGGAGAUGAAACUAAGCAGCAAGAAUCUGAAGAAACAUUGAAUAAAGAGCAGUCUGAAUCUGUGGAUAACCAAGUAAACCAAGUGGAAGUGAAUAUGAUGAAACUCUUAGAUUCUAUUGCUGAGAACAAGGAAGAGUCUGUUGAGAAUGCUGAAAUGGAGAAUUCUGAAGUUUCGCAGGAUGAUACGGAAAAGAAAGAGAAUACAGAAGGCCUUAACGAAGACAAUACAGAAGGUGUUGUGGAAGAUGCCGAGAAAGACGCAUCUACGACAAAUAAAGAGGAAGAAUCUUCGGGCGAAGGUGUAAGUGAACCUUUUGAAAAUAUUAAAAUUAAAGAGGAGCCAUUAGACGAUAUUGACGAGCAACCCGACAGCGAAAUGUUCGAUUUCGCCAACGUAGAAGUAAAAGAAGAGCCUAUGGAACCUGAACCAGAUCCCGAACAAAUAGUGAAUGAAACAGGCACAGUCGAUACAACGUACGCCGCAGUGAAAAGUUCCAUCGACGGAAACGUAGAAUUGGACUCUACGCCGGCAGCCAUUCCCGCAGCUCCUUCGCGAAUUAAGAUCAAUAUUACUAAACCACUGAACAUUAACAAAGAUUCGGAAGAGAAUAAAGAGAAGGAGAAAGUGGCAGCCGAAACGCCUGUAGAGGAAAAUGCGGAACAACCAUUAGUAGCAGCUUCCAUUAAGCCGAGUUUACAGGGUAGGAAGCUAUCGAACUUACCUCCUGUAGAAAAAGGACAAGAAUUAUCAGGACUUUGUUCCAUCAUGUAAAUAACGUGUAUAAAGUUUGGAAAUGAGUCUACGCGAUACAAGUGUAUAAAGCGCUAGAUUUAAGUUUAGACGGAAUACUAGAUUUACUUCUAGCUUAUUUAUAUCUUGUACAUCACAAUUUUGUACAACUUGUACGACGUGAUAUGAUUAUUGUAAAAAAAAGUCUUCGUUUCGCUUGACAUGCCAUUCAUCUCUGAAGAAUUAUAUCAUCUCAAUUUUCAUUUAGAUAAAUUUACUUAAAUUAGUAACUUGAUUUAUCAAGUAAAUUAAUUUAAAUUUGCUACAUGAAUUUUACAAAUACACGUUUAUUUGAAUGCACGAGUUAAAAAAGUUUUUAAUUUAAUUGCGUCGUACAAGUUAAAAAAAAAUUAUACGUGUGAAACGUGUGCAAGUGUGUGAAUAUAUCACAAGUAUUAAAAUAUCUUCACAAAAGUGAGAGUGAGUGAGAAAUAGAGCUGUAUAUAUUUUAUGUAAUCUAGGAAAAUAUGUAGUAGCAUUCCUGUGUGAGAGUGACUGUACAUUAUUCGGCGACGUGCUUUGUGAUAAGGGAAACCAUCACGAAUUCAUCACGAUUAUUUACACUCACUAAAAAACUUCAAAUACCGUUUGUACUUGUUUAAGUUAUGAUGAUGUCUUGUCGUUCAUCAUAAACUUCAAGUUCCGCUCGUACUUGCAAGUUUGAAAGUGAUCUGCACUCACCUGUAAUGUUGAAUACUGUUUGGACUUGUAAAAAGUGCGGCAAAUCCUUCGAGUUCGCUGGGAGAGUAGAACGGAGAGUCAUUUCAAGGUGUACAAAUUAUGUGAUAUGAGUUAUCUAUUUGUAACAUAAACUAUCAACGGAAAAACAAUGACGAUACGAAAGAUGACUAGGAUUAUUACAUUAGAUUUGCAUUAUUUUGUUGUAUAAAAAUUUGUUUAUUACA